AUAAACACAAAUCGUUUUGCACAGACGUUGAUUUUGUAGAUAUGUUAAAGUCACAAAAACAUAUUUAUUAUUAAAACUCUGCAGUAAAUAAGGCUAAAAUAUCUGUGAAGGUAAAAUAUCUCAUUUUACCUGCUAUAAUAUGCAUAGUCGCGCGAAAACUAAAUCAGGAAGUUAAUAAAACUUUCAGUUACAGUUCAACAUUUGGAAAGGAUCUCGCUUAAAAGAAAAAUUCUAAAAGCAGUUAGGAAGAUAGUCGGGAUCAUGGAAGACACGUGUUAGGCCGACAGCAAGGUACAUAUCAGCCGGGUUUAUUUGAAAAUCGAAUUGUACUCUCGUCGAUUUACAAGUGGGACAUUUGAGGAUGUUUUAAAGGAUGUACAUUUCGAAGAAGUGGUUAAAAUGGUCACCAGAAAAGGGGAAAAAUUAUGAUAUUUUGAAGCGUGAGUGUGCAUCUUGAUUACAACUUUACAGAAUGAUCAAAUACAUCGCAACACCGUUCUUCCUACUAUUGUUUCUUUAUCUGAGAACUACGCUCGGGUAUUCAAUAAAACUUUACAAAAAGAACUCGGACUUUACCUGUGAUUUCAGUAACAGCACUUCGAAACUACUCAUAACCAAUGGUUUCAUCGAAGAAAAUGUUAUAAAGUGUUUAGAAACUUAUAAUCAUGCUGAAACACUGGUAUUUAGUAACAGUAGAUUAAAGACUAUUCCAAAAUAUUUAAAUAUACUAAACAGGCUUAUAAAUUUAGACUUAUCACACAAUGAAAUAUCAACAGUUUCUUUUAAUGCAUCAGAGCAGAUCUGUAAAAAGUUGAAACAACUUCAUUUGGAUAACAAUGAUAUUCAUGUUAUACGACCAGGAAAUCUUGAUUGUUUAGAAUCUCUAGAGAAACUUUCUCUUGCAAACAAUAACUUAAAAGUAAUUGAGAAUGGGACAUUUAAUGUCAAAUUAAAGGCGUUAGAUUAUAUCCACCUUGUUCGCAACAACCUGACAUCUGUGGACAGCAGUUUAGUUAGCAAACUCUUAUUGUCAAAAGAGACACACGCAAUAGUGAAUGCCUCAUUUAACAGUAUAAGUACAAUGAUAAAUUCGAUCAAUAUCACAAUAGAAAAUUUUUCACAUUUAACCGAUAUUGGCGUUGUACUUACACAUAAUAAUAUAACGACUGUUGACGUAGACUAUUAUUUCAAAAUGUUUAAUCUUACACACCCAUACCCGCAGUUCUUACAAUUGUGGAACUGUGGCAUUGAUGCACGUUUUAAUCCGUUUAUUUGUGAUUGUGCUCUCUUUCCUUUAGCCUCAGGGCUUAGAAAGUUUUAUACAAUGGAUCCAGAUAAUCCUGUAUUUUCAAUCACGUGUGGAAGUCCUAGAAGUUUGGAAGGGAUGAUGGUUCGCAAGGUACAAGCUGACCAAUUUAACUGCUCAGUCACUCAGGAUUGUCCAGAUUCCUGCACGUGUACAAAAUCUAUCGCCAUCGGCCUUGUUACCGUAGACUGCAGAGGCCAGUACCUUGCAGACGAUCUACCUCUGACAUGUCCAGUAGCAGACAAUAUACACAUCAAUAUUAAAUCAGAUAACUUGAUUCACCUCACCUUAAGAGCAUUUCUUUACAAUGUAUCUAUUUUUGAUGUCUCACAAUGUGCCGUUGCCGACAUAGAUCCAACCAUCGUCAAAGCACUAGAAGGCAAAAUUAACACAUCAAUAUAUUUCAAUGAUAAUAAUUUGGAAAAUAUUCCAAAAACAUUCGAGAAGUUUAAUUUUAGUGAAGGACAAGUUUUAACCAUUGAUGGAAAUCCAUUCAACUGCGACUGCCAUACAUUAUGGAUGAAACAAUGGCUUCUGUCAAACAAAAAUCACAUUUAUCACCAAGAUAAAAUAAUAUGCGAAAAUGGACCUGGAAAGGGUAAGCCAAUGGUUGAAGUUCCGGACAGCAAAUAUGUUUGUCAAACAAGUCUUACAUUCGCUGACAUAUUAUUCAUUACCGUUGGAUCACUGUUAACUUUUGUUAUACUAGUAUCAGUCACUGUCUGCAAAAUAAACAGCAUCCAUGUUUUUAUGAUAUCACAUUUUGACAUCUGCAGAUACUGUUUCCGGAAGAGGAAACAUCGGCGUUUACGUUAUGAUAUCUUUAUACCACAUUCGUGUGAAGACGACGAUAUAAUUAACGAUAUUGUAAAUAAUCUUGAACAUCAUGAUCCGCCAUAUAAAGUGUGCAUUGGUGAGAGAAACUUUGCACCUUGUAAAACCAUAUCUGAAAACAUACUUGUUGCGAUAGAUCUAGUCAUACGAGUUUACUCGUCAUCUCAAACAAGUUUCUAAGAAGUGCUUGGUGCAACAUGGAAUUCCGAGAGGCUCACAUGAGAUUCCUAAGGGAUAGGAAUAUAAACAUGGUGCUGAUUAUCUUAGAGGAUCUAGAUGCGUCACUUGUUUACGAGGAGUUGAAUUUAUACUUGGAAACGCAUGUGUAUAUAAAAUACAGUGAUAAACACUUUUGGGCAAAACUUUUGCAAAGUCUUCCCAUAAUGAUUACAAGCGAUCCUGCAUUCGACGAAACAUCGCCACUACUUUCAAAGAUGAAAUAGAUGAUUAUUGUAGUUGUAAAUAGAUCUAGCAGACUUUACAUAAACAAUAAGAUUUAAAACAUUAAACAUGUCGUUACAUUGAAUAAGUUUUGUGAAUUAUUUACACUGUAUAUAUUUACGAAAGCCAAAGUAUCAGGUCUCUUGGGAUAGCCAACAGCCCACGGGGAAAAUAUUCUCCCACGGGAAGACCGAAUUUGAAACUGUCCCAAGAAUUCAUAUUAAGGAAAUGGUCAAUUAUUUCUUUACGAGACCCUAAAUUUAGUUAGGUAUCAAUGAAUCAAAGAAAAGUCAAAAACUAAAGGUAGCUGAGGUUUUGAAACUUUCGGAUUUGCAAACAUAAUUCGAAGAUUGAUAGUUUUGAAAAGCAUUAUUUUAAACUUUAUAUAAUAUCAUUGUGUAAGUGCCUGAUUUAUUAGCGGAUAUGAUCACUGUGAACUUGCGUCUUUCUGUGUUUAAUCCUCAUUUGCCUGUUUUAUAUUUCCUUCAUUUAAAGACUUUACAAAUAUAUGCUGUGAAUUUGUUUAAAUGGAAAGUUGCAUCACUAUAGUAUCUUAUUUAUAUAUCAAGUCAACUUAUAGGAUGGUGAUACAAGUCACAGUUUUACACAAUGAUUUGCCUUUACCAAAACAUAUAUAUGAACAUAUAGUGUAACGAAUCGAGGAUAUUUUCAAAAUUUAAAAGGUCCUUAAGUCACUUCUAAAGACAUUUUAUAUAUAAUAUCAAGUUUAGUGGAAAAAACUAAAUUAAAUGCUAAAUAAUCUCAUAAAACAGUAAUAUUUGAUGUUGCCUUUUGUACGAACUGUCCUAUAGUUAAUUAAGGUAUUUAUUUUGUCAUAUCAUAUGGAAAUUGUCAACAAUUGCAUGUGGAAUGAAUGAGCCACUUGAGAUUAUGCACAGCACGAUGUUCACUCCCAUUUAUAUUAAUAGACAUUUCUAACGUAAACGUAAAUCGGAAACGGAUUACUGAAUCCGUAAAUGUUAUUUGCAAAUAAUGGUCUAAGGGAGAUACUAUUGUAUUACUAUUGGAUGAAAUUGUCUCCCAUAGACCACAAAUUAGCCUAAGCCUAAAAUUUUACGGAUUCAGUAUUCCGUUUCGUAAUUACGUUUACGUUAGAAAGGUCUAAUUGUCUAUAUCAAUGUCUUAUGACUGCAUUAAAACAAAUACUUGGAACCUCCGUCAAUGUUGUUAAUUAUUUAAGUUCACAUCGCUGUUGUUUGCUUUAUUAUCAGGUGGUGUUAGAAUAUUUCUUUCUUUGUUAGAUUUGUUUUCCGAACAUCGCAUGUUUUAUAAAUAGAUGUUUUAUGAAAUAAAAUCCAUGGACACAAUA